AAAAAAUCAGAAAAUGGACAUAUGAAUAUCGUAGUAUAACAAAACAAUAUUGUCGUUCAUUUUCAUCAAUCAUUCAAAUGAGAGAUGGCAAAAUUAACUGUAUCCGGGGAUAUUCCCUCAAAUUCAGCCUCGAUCAGCGGUUAAAUUUGAACUCAAAGGGUUUUUAAUGAGUAGGGAUAAAACUUGAAUUCAAAUAUUACGAGUAAUGGGCGGGCAUGACUAUAUGAGUAUGGGUCAACUCUAAAGUAUUUUGGAUAGAGUAAUAGAUAUGCAUUAUCCGCCUCUGAUCUGUUGCCAUAAUAUGUUUGUUUUUUUCAUAGAUAUUUUCAGAGAAAAAAUAGCUAGAUACAAACUGAAAUUCUUUUCAAGCAAACUAUAUAAUACAAAAGAAAAUAACUACGAUCAACCAUAAGUUGAACCAUCAACAAGAGAACGUUUUUUAUGUCAUGAUAUGGACAACUUUUAAUAGCUUUCGACAUGAGCAGAAUUCAUGAUAUAGUUUUCACCAUUUGCAUGGCGAAAGUCAUGAACCAAUCCUUUGUUGUAAGAUGAACGUGUUGCAGUGAAGAGUGAACCCCUGCAAUUUGAAAGACAACAUAGCAUCCCAUUCCCAUCUAUGGAGUAUAACCAAACACAUUGUCCCGUACAUUUCUUUCUUUGAACCAUACCACAGGCUAUUAGCAACUUGCAUUUUAAUAUUAAACCAAAUAUAGAUACCAAAAAUAAAUCGAAGACAUAUUGUAUUCCAUUCUUGCGUAAGAAAAAAGCAUAAAAGGAAAAACUAAUGAACAUGAUCGAAGUGAAAAACAUUAUAGAUUCACGUUCCAAUCAGGAGAGAUAAAAUGUUAUGUACAUGACAGAGUAGAUUAGUUUGCCUCAUAUCAUAAGCCUGUAAAUGUAAUGUGGUAGUGGCAGCAUAUGAUCUUUCUUCAUCUCCGCUUGAAGAACGGAUUAGUCAGCAAGCAGCCAUUGGUAUUUGGCUUGUCCUUUUCCUUCUUCGGUUCAGAAACCCGAAUUUUGUUAUGAUUUAAUUUUAUGGCUAAAUUUAAUUUGUUUGUUCACAGUUCUCCUUUAUAUACUCGUCUGCCGGAGCGUCUUUACGUCUUCUGCAUCCUUUCCUCCCUCAAUUCCCCGCUAAUCAUAACCCCUCCAAAGCUUUUUUCCUGUACUGCGCCCUUUCUUUUUUAAUUCUCGCUUUGUACCUGCGCUUCCCUCUCCAGGUAUCUUGCUUCUUCUUCCUCUUCCUCCAACUCCGCUAUUUUCCCCGAAUCGCAUCUCAAUUUCUCAUCUUUUGCUUGGGUUCUGUUGGGUUUUCUCGCAAUCGAUAUCGGGGAUGGGUUUUGAGUUACGCAUCUCUCUAUGCCUUGUCGAUGCUCCUUCUGUGACUGUGGAUUUCGAAUCAGAGCUUUGGGUUCUCGUUUUUUUGGGUUUCGUUUCUGCUUAGGGUUUCGGUGGUGGUUGUUGGAUUUUCUGUAAAUCGUGCCUGCCCUUAUUAUUAGUGUCGUGACCGAGUUCAGGAGCUAUGCGAUCUGUUGAGCUAAAAGCUUGCACCUUGGUCUGGAAGGGGGAUCACUUCAUUGGAGCUGGAGACUUUGCAUUCUUGUGAUCAUUUAGUUUGCGAUUUGGGCUUUUGGCUGGUUGUCGAGAGCUUUUGUUUAGCUGCUGCUUUUGAUCCAUGGAUGAGCAUCUGUCUGUCUAUGGAUAUUGCUGGAUAUUGGGUGGUUGAUUUGCUCAUCAUUUUGUUUUUCCUUUGAUUUCCAGAAACCAUGAUUCGCUUGUUCAAAGUUAAGGAACAGCAGAGGGAACAAGCUGAGAAUGCCAAUGGAGGCAUACCUGUUAAAAAGCAAAGUGCUGGAGAACUUCGCCUUCACAAGGACAUUUCUGAGUUGAACCUACCAAAGUCAUGUGCCAUAACAUUCCCUAAUGGCAAGGAUGACCUGAUGAGCUUUGAGGUCACAAUUAAACCUGAUGAAGGAUAUUAUGCAGGUGGGACGUUUUUGUUCUCUUUUCAAGUUUCUCCUAUCUAUCCUCAUGAGGCACCAAAAGUGAAAUGCAAGACCAAGGUAUACCAUCCAAACAUCGACUUGGAGGGGAAUGUUUGUCUCAACAUCCUGCGAGAAGACUGGAAACCUGUUCUUAACAUUAACACUAUUAUCUAUGGGCUGUACCAUUUAUUCACGGAGCCAAACUACGAGGAUCCCCUUAAUCACGAAGCUGCUGCAGUGUUGAGGGAUAACCCGAAGAUGUUCGAGACAAAUGUGAGGAGGGCUAUGACCGGUGGUUACGUUGGCCAAACAUAUUUCACGCGCUGUAUGUGAGGCUGGGUCAGUCCCCUGUUUAAUAUCUCUGUUUUGCACAGCUGCAGCUCCUCUCCCAUACAUUUGCCAGUGUCCCUAAAUGUGACAAUCUUGAAUACCCCAUGAUGGUUGUAAAAUUCUCUUCAAAUUAACAUUUGUCACUCUGCUUUUGCAACGGGUUGAGAUUGGGCGCAGCAUUGUUAGUUCCUUCAAUCCCAGCCAUUGUAUGUUUGGAGUUUGGACGCGUCAUUAUCAAGUUAAAUGCGCAUCAACUUAAUUUGGGCAAAUUCUCGUCCUCUUGUUUGGCCUCAUAUAGAGGAUUCUACUUUACUGUUAUUUCUGUCGACUUCUGAAUUCAACGAGAUAAACUAAGCAUAAAGUU